AUGAUAGUAUGGCUAUCUUUUCAAGAACUCUUUGAAGAAAUCAACACCAUCAUCAAAGAGGGAGAAAUGAAAAUUGAUGGGGAAAACAUCAAGUUAGAGUUUUUUUCUUGGAGGAGAUUACAAGGUAGGCUAAUUGAUUCAAUUUGUAUAAAAGAUACAAGCAAAUGAACAGGAUUUCACUUCCUGUUCAUUUGCUUAUAUCUUUUAUACAAAUUGAAUCCACAACACCAGCACCCUCUCACCUUGUACAUGUAAUCAGGGGUGUAGGAAACAUCAAAAGAUUUGUUUCUUUGAGGGGCACUUUUGGAAUGAAAAGGGCACCUGAAAUUUUUCCAGAAAUGUUGGCGGGGGGACUGCAAUCAUACAAAAUACAAUCUGAACAAUAUUUUUCACAAAGGCAAAGGGCACUUUGCCACUGGUGAAAGGGCACUUUGUGUUUUCUGAAAACUUGGGGACCUUGCCCCCUGGUUAUUACGCCCUUGCAUGUAAUUAAUCUGAAGGCAAAACCAAUGUACAAAAUAUGAUUGUUGCUUGUUUUAGUUUUUGCUAGCAAUGUUGGGAAUGAAUACUGCCAACUCUAUAUAUGCUUGUAUAUAUUACAUGAUACACAAAGAUGAAAGGUGAGACCUAAAUGCACAAAAACUGUAUUACAGCAUAAAAAUGUUAAAUUUAUUUUUAUUUAAUACAGCCAUUAAUGCUAUGAUUUUAUAUAAUUCUAGAUGGGAUAUGAGCAAACCUGAGGACUACUACUGGGCAGAUGAGAUGAAGCGAACGCUACAGGACGUUAGGACAUGCUGUAAAAAGAAAAAGAAAAAGGAUAACUUUGACUGUAUUUUCUUUGACUGUAUUGUAACUCUUUUGAAUAUUCGAAUUGAAAAUGUUAGAGUAGAUGAACUCCACCUUUUGCUCAGAGUUACAGGUAGGUACACCUAAGGAAGGGAUUGGUUUAACCAAGGUGUAUAAAACCAAAUUUUCUCAGGGGGUAGUACUUUUGGCAGGGGGGGGGGGUAGACCCAAGCUCCCACUUCUGGCUAUACCUCUGUCUGUAACACAACUAAGCAUGUUUCUUAUCUGUUUAUUCUAUGCAGAUGGUUUGAGAAAAACAUGAUAACCAAUACUGUCCAAUGGGAUACAAGGGACGACAAGAACAAGAAUUCAAGUGAUCCCAAAUGGCUCCACCUAAAGGCUCUUGUUAAAGCUAUCAAUGAAUGUGGGAUUUCAUUCACGUUUUGGCAAAAGUUAGAUGGGACAGGGAAGAAAACGAGCGCAUAUGAUUCGCGAAGCUUGGUGGGUGAAGAGAAGAAGAAACUUUUGCAACGUUUGCCAGAGAAAUUCGACAAAGUUUAUUCCGCACGUAAACACGGCUUUUGA